CUUAAGAACUCAAUUGCACUUGAAUGUCUACAGGAGUCAGUAUCAUUCAAGCUCCCGACUUGAUCAUCACGGAAUUAUUUUCUUUCGGUACUAAACUUGUUUAGCGAUUUAACGAAAUCACAAUGACGAAACCAGUGUCGUAUGAGGAAGAAUUGAGGAGGAAUCCAGACAUGAAGGAAGAAGAAAUACAAAUGUUGAGGGAUUGGUACAAGAAGCAACCUCAUUUGCCGAAAAUGACCGACGCCGAACUGGCGUUAUUUUUUCAUAGUAAUUAUUAUCGAUUGGAGCCUACAAAGGUGUGCAUCGACACGUAUUUCACUGUAAGGUCUCACGUCCCAGAAUUUUUCUCAAAUAGGGAUCCGUUAGGACCGAAAGAAUUAAGGAAAGCUUUUCAAACAGUCACGAUUCAGGUAUUAGAGAAGAAAACUAAGGAAGGAUACUCCGUUCUGUAUGGGAGACUAAUGGAUAUUGACCCGUCACAUUAUGUUUACAACGAUACCAUGAAAUAUCUGACCAUGGUCUGCGACUUAUGGCUUCACACACAGGGCACGGUGCCGGGUCAUAUUAUAUUGUUUGAUAUAAAAAAUGUCGUUCUUGGGCAUGCCGCCAGAUUAAGUCCCAUGGGAUUGAAGAAGUACCUUUAUUACCUGCAAGAAGCACUUCCCGUCCGUCUGAAAGGAUUUCAUUUUAUGAAUAUUACGCCGGUGAUGGACGUGAUUCUAAAUAUGAUGAAGCCGUUCAUGAAAAAAGAGUUAAUGGACAUGCUUCAUACACAUACGACGUUAGACACAUUGGCAGAGUUCCUUCCCAUAGACAUAUUACCGAAUGAAACUGGUGGAAAAGCUGGCCCAAUAAAAGAGCUGCAUGAAAUGUCUGUGAAGAGACUUGAAGACAAUCGAGAGUACUUUUUACAAGAGGAGAAAACGCAACGUGUAAAUGAAGCGCUAAGGCCUGGCAAAGCAAAGUCUGCUACUGAUAUCUUCGGUGUUGAAGGAAGCUUCAAGAAACUUGAAAUUGAUUAAAUCAAGUUUUCUAACAUAAUAUUAAUUCAUAAAACAACAAGUUUUACAUUUUCAAUUAAUUUAAGCCUAAUUAAACACUAGCGAGAACAAAUUAUCACGUUAUUACAGUCGGUAAAGUUAUCGAAUGAUAUUUAAUGAAAAGCUUGCAUGAAAGAUGGCGCCACACACACGGCUAAACUAGUAUUUAAAUUAUUCUCGGCCGCCAUUUUGAUUUGUUUAUGAGUUUAAAAGACAAUAAAAUAAUAUUAAUUAUUAUUUCGAAAUGGUAAUAACAAAAUAAUUUAUUAGUUAUUAUUAAUUUUCCUAUAAAUGUAAUACCGAUAAUGAGUUCUUAGAAAUUUUGCUAAUGAGUUGAUAAUGAGUUCUCAUAAAUGUUGCUUCUAAAAAUUAAAAAAGUUAAAAUGUCCUUUACGUAAAAUGAGUUAAUGAAUCAUAUAACUGCAGGAUAAGGUGUUUAUGUAAGUGCCAAAA